AACCAUAGCACCCUGGGUGAAGCCCUUAUUCCUGCCAUUGCUGAAAAUAGGGGUGGUGGUGUUCGGCAGAGUCUGCCAUCCUGCUAGGUGUUACCUGGGCUCAGGGCCAUUGCUGUGGGAUAGGCCAUAUGUCCUCUACCCGAUCCAAGCUGCAGCCCAGAGACCCUUUACACUGUAUAGGGUUAUGACUGCCUCUUACUCGCCUCGUGUGCCAUUUUCCCACCACCCCCGCCAUCCGGCCAAGUCAGGCUUGGUGUUCACCCUGGUGAUACCUGCUUGCGUGUGGGGCAGGCUGUCAGGCAGGUCUGGCUGGAACCUGGGGAGGCAGUCAUUGGCCCACACCCACCCCCUAGGGCGGGGCAGCAUAGUACCCAGCCUCUGGUAGUCAGGGACCCGGGAUCAGAACAGGCUACCGAUACGCCAGCCCGAGAAGGACCUUCCAGGUAGGAAGAGCCAAGGCCCUGGGGGGAGGCUUCGUUUGUUCUCUAGGGUUUGGUGGAAUGGUCCCGGUACUGGGAUGAGGAUGAAGCCCAUCUGACAGGGUUAUGGGUAUCUGGUGGUAUGGCCCUGGCUCCAUUCUGCCUGUACUGAAGGGUCCCAGGUCCCAUUCCUCACCUUUGUGGGACCCACUUCACAUCCACUGGACUUUCCACAUCUAUCUUUUUGGGUUGUGACCCACAUCUCCCCACAGGUCUGGUCUUGAUGCCCUGUCCCCGGCCACCGUGUCUAUGCUGCUCCCCUGCCCCUCAGAGCCCCAGCCCUGGCUCCCCAAAUUCUCUCUCUGUGCCCCCCACCCCAGGCAGUGGGGAGGCUGGGGAGGAUGAGGAUGAAGAUGCUGAAGGCAGCCAGGGUGCAGGCCCUAUCCUGGCCCCCAUGUCCCCCACUGAGUGCCUCAUCUGUGUGUCCUCCUUUGACGGCGUGUACAAGCUGCCCAAACGUCUGGAUUGUGGCCAUGUCUUCUGCCUCGAGUGCCUGGCGCGUCUGUCCCUGGCCACAGCAGGUGGCGGCGAUGCAGUGGCCUGUCCAGUGUGUCGCGCACCCACGCGCCUGGCACCACGCCGCGGACUGCCUGCACUGCCCACACAGGCUGGCCUUCUACCCCGCGACCCCCGCGGCCCGCCUUGGCUGGGCUCUGUGCGCUUCGACCGCCGCCGAGGCCUCCUCUACUUGCGGCCACCGCCAGGGCCCGCACCCCGCAAGACCCGCGGGCCGCCGCCUCCGCCACCACCGCCGCCUCCGCUGCGCCUGGGCCGGCCGCUCUCGCGCCGUCUGACGCUGUCUCGCCAGGCCUGGGCCUUCAAUGCCGCCGUGGCGCUGGCCGUGCUGGUGGCCGCCGGCCUGGUGGUCUCGGGCGUCUACAUCUUCUUCCUCAUCCCACACGCCGCCGCCUCGGGCCCCGCGCGGCCGCAGCUCGUGGCGCUUGCCCCGGCGCCAGGUUUCUCCUGGCUCCCGCCACGACCCGCACCUGGGCCAUCCUGGACCUCUGCUUGGACACCGCGGCCCACGGGUCCGAGCGUGGACGCCACAUCGCUGGAGACCGCGGGGACACCCAUGGGAUCCGAAGAGGCCAAGGAUCCGGCAGACUGGCACCUGGGCAGUCCAGGGGACUCACAAUGGCCCCCAGGCCACACGGGGGACUAG